UCCAUUGGAAAAACGUUCGCUCUGUCUGUGGGGACGGUCAAACACCGGAGCUCUGUGCAAUUUGCUUUUGUUUUUGCGACUUUCACGAUCUGCUGCUACUCUCAUCUGCAUCCAGAGACACCUCAGACACUUUCCGUCGUCGCAUGACUGGAUUCCAACCGCUAAUCUGAACGGAUUGUGCGCCCGAUCAACCUGUGAAACAGCUACCCGUGUGUGUGGUGCAGAAUAGGCUUACGGUGGUUAGUGCUCUUCGGCGGUGAAUUUUCAGUGUGCACUGGUUCUGUGGCGGUUUUCGGAGCAAGACUGUGCUGCCAGGACCAUCGGAAGUGAACUUCGAUAGUUUGGUAUCGCCGUCAAGCGCGCAUACCGUUGGAUAAUUCGUCUGCGCCCCUGGAAUGUUGCCUUUAACAUUCCCAUCUUGACCCACACAACAAGGCGUCAACGGCGUUUCCCCAGCGCGUUCCACCGCUGGGGUUUCCGAUGGGUGGCUAAGAUCGCAUGGAUGCGGACAGCCUACGGCAUCAGCAGCAUACGAAGCAGCAGCAGAACAACAACACCAAGCCUACUCAUCUGUCACAUACCGGCGGCACGCUGGUGUCUGUGCAGCCUCCGCAGCCCCUGCGCUGCGGUAGCCACGGGGCUCCUAACGGCCUCCUUUACCUCGCCACUGGCUCAGAGGGACCCAUGCCCCCCGGCCUUAGAGGGGACGCCGGAGGCGCAUUGGCCGGCCAGGCGUCGCCCCCGGCGCUUUCGCCAAAUCUUCCAAGCAUCGUCAAGGUCGAGCCUCGGCUGCCGAGCCCAUGUGUGAGCUCGGCGGACGGCGGUAUGGCCUUCUCACCUUCCAAACGGAUACGGCAAGACGACGCGGGCUCCUGGAUCGCUUCGCCGGGUUCCCAACUAUCUCUGUCGCCGCCACCUUUGCUCAACGGCACUGCCAGCAGCAGCAACAACGGACUGUCGCCCGCGUCUUGUUCUUCCUACGACACGUACAGCCCCAGGGGUCCAUGCAAAGAGGAAAUGAGUCCGAGCAGUGGCGUAAAUGGCUACUACGUGGACAGUUUCGGAGAUGCCAAGAAGAAAAAGGGUCCCGCUCCAAGACAACAGGAAGAGCUGUGUCUCGUGUGCGGUGACAGGGCGUCAGGGUACCACUACAACGCACUCACCUGCGAGGGGUGCAAAGGUUUCUUCAGGAGAAGCAUAACGAAAAAUGCUGUGUAUCAGUGCAAGUAUGGCAAUAACUGUGACAUCGACAUGUACAUGCGGCGCAAGUGUCAAGAGUGCCGCCUCAAAAAGUGCCUCAGUGUUGGGAUGCGGCCUGAAUGCGUGGUCCCUGAGUACCAAUGUGCUAUCAAGCGGGAGUCAAAGAAGGCACAGAAGGACAAGGACCGGCCCAACAGCACGACGCGAGAUGCAGGUCCCCUGACACCGGGCAGCGCCGGUGGGGGCCGGGAGAGUGGGAGCGGUUCGGACGAGGAGAAGAAGCCAAUCAUAGUGCCCAUAACGGGCAUCAAACCAUUGUCGGCAUCCCAGGAGGACCUCAUCAAUAAGCUAGUCUACUACCAGCAGGAGUUUGAGUCUCCUUCGGAAGAAGAUAUGAAAAAGACUACCGCAUUUCCCCUCGGAGACAGCGAAGAAGACAACCAGCGGAGGUUUCAGCAUAUUACUGAGAUCACCAUCCUCACAGUGCAGCUUAUUGUGGAAUUCUCCAAGAGGGUGCCGGGAUUCGACACGCUCUUACGGGAGGACCAGAUCACGCUUCUCAAGGCUUGUUCGAGUGAAGUGAUGAUGUUGCGUGGUGCUCGGAAAUACGACGUCAAGACUGACUCUAUAGUGUUUGCCAACAAUCAGCCCUACACACGCGACAACUACCGCAGUGCCAGCGUAGGCGAUUCAGCGGACGCUCUCUUCCGCUUCUGCCGCAAGAUGUGCCAGUUACGGGUGGACAACGCAGAGUAUGCCUUGCUGACGGCCAUCGUUAUAUUCUCUGAACGGCCGUGCCUGGUGGACCCCCACAAGGUGGAACGCAUCCAGGAAUACUACAUCGAGACGCUGCGCAUGUACUCCGAGAACCACCGGCCGCCCGGCAAGAACUACUUUGCCCGUCUCCUGUCCACCCUCACGGAGCUGCGCACGCUGGGCAACAUGAACGCCGAGAUGUGCUUCUCCCUCAAGGUGCAGAACAAGAAGCUGCCUCCAUUCCUAGCCGAGAUCUGGGACAUCCAGGAGUGAGCGCAGAAGGAGUGGACUCGUUGAGCCGUCGUGUUUUUUUUUUUUGUGUCAUGUUUUUUUUCAAGCGGGCAUUGUGGACUUCAUCGCGCCAGACAAAGCACUGCACCACGGCUUGGGCGGAGACUGUGCAGAAGGAGGGAAGGCUGCUCCAAAAGGGGAAGAGGCAGAUUUUUUAAAAUUUUUUUUAACCCUUUCAUUUUUUUUGUUAUCGUUCAUUCCAGCCCUAGCAUUGUGGUAUCGACAUGCCAGCAGAGUUGAGGUCGUCUCGGCAAAGUUACAGAGGCUGAAAGAGAGAGGUCCCCCCCCCCUUUUACGAUGUACAGUGCACGCGUAUGUUUUGUUUUUAGUGACUGUUUUUAAAAGGCCUAAAUUGAGAUGAAAUCGUUACGUAUUUUUACGCCGAUCGCGGUCUUUUUGAGAGUGUUUUAACAUGUUCUACCUCGUUGUACCUCUUUUCUUAUGAAUUUCAUUUUUCUCCCUAGUCUUACCACAAAGUGCCUUAUAGAGACAGGAUGCUAAAUUAGCGUCCUCUACCUCUUUGUCUUAGCGUCGCGGCAGGAUUUAAAAAAAAAAAAAAAGGAGAUGCGCUCGCACCCGAUUCCCCUCUCUUUCUUUCUCUCGAGACAGAGUCUUCUUUUAAACACCGCGUUAAGUUUUUAAGGGCAGCAGCACCACCGACAAAGUGCAAACAAGAAAAAAAAAAGAUAUCGAGGAACUCGGCGUACUUAGCUGCUGAAGUUACGAUGGUUGUGAUGAUGCGCGGAGCCAAAUACGGAGAGACGACGACGUUUCAUGUUCGUUAAAGAGCAGCUCUUGGCAACGCAUGCACACAAUGCUGGGUGCGUUUACAUGACGGGUACGGUCGCGAAGUCAACGCACAAAGUUUUGGAGAGUGUACAAAGGAUGAUGUGAGUGGGCGGUUCCGUACCGCUUCCAAGCCCCCGUAACAGAGGUACGACUGUAAAUAUAUUGCCUGCAGAUGCGUGUGUGUGUGUGUUCGGGGAGAAUUCUACCGGUGACAAUGAUGGAGAUGUACCCAUACGUUUAGAACUCUGUCAUGCCAGCCCUCUUCCCCCUUUGUUCAGUGCAUUUUCCCCCCUUUCGUGCGGCGCUGGCCAUGCCGGGCGGCGCGCGUGUGAAAUAUUAUGUGUACCUUGUCGAUCUCAAGACUUCGCCGUCGGAACUAUGGUGCAUCAAAGGACUGGGCAAAACAAAGGGAAAAAAAAAAAAUGUCGACGUGUUUAUCUUCCUCAUCUGUGUCACGGAACGUUUUGUGUUUCUCUUUCGCAUCCCAUGGCAGCAACAUUGCAUGAACAGUGCCAGAGAAGGAAAUACAAAAAAAAAAAAAGGACAGCACUUUCUUUCUCCGCAGUUCAAAGUUUUUUAACUACGGCCCCCCCACCCCUCCCACUAUGAAUCUCAAAACAAUGCCACAGGGACAGAAACUGCCAUCUUUCCUGUUUUUUUUUAUUUUUUAGUUUCCCAUCGCGAAGAUUCAGAGCUCGCGUAACACAGUGGUGCUUUUUCAUCUCUAGCUCAGUGGGACCGUCACCGCUGUACAGCGACUGGUGGCGUGCGUCUUGGCUUUCUCCGAGAAAAAUACUGUGUGACACAAAGAAGGGCAAUUUGUGCAGAUGAACUGAUUUAUUUUAUUGGGAACGACUACUGCUUCGACGACUACGAUUUCUCAUGGUUUCGGUACAUCCGCAUCACCAUUGACAUCAACAGCUUUGCUCUGGUUCGAGCACACCGCAUCUUGUGUUUGCGCCCUUGUUGUUCUCAUGUUAAGCCAGGUUGUUUGUUUACCUGGAUGUGCGGGUGGGCACCUAGACCUGUUUGUGAAACAAAUCGCUUUGAGAAAGAAAUUAUGUUAUGAAUAUGAGUAUUUAAGAUCAUGUCAGAGCACAUAACAUUCAUGCCCAUGGCUAACUGUGUACCUGACUCGGCAUCUCCCUCAACGGACAUGAAGUGCUCUUUAAAAUUUUUUUCAAAAGUCAUCUUGUUUAAAACUUCAGAGUAUCCCUGGAAAAUGUAUGCUACAAAGUGUCCGAUUGGUUAUGUUAUGGACCCCAACAACACCGAAUAUCCUCUGAAUGUACGAAUAACGUCCUAACGGAUUCAUACGUCCGAUGGACAUCUUAGGGAUGCCCGUUGGAUGUGUGAAUUCCUCAGGACUCCUUAUAGAUCCGAUGGACGUCUUUCAGAUAUCCAUCGGACGUAUGAAUCCGUUAGGACAUCAUUCGGACAUCCAGAGGAUAUUCGGUGUUGUUGGGGAGGUUUUGCCCUGAAAUUCGAAAAAAAAAAAAAACCUUGAUGUUGCCCUUCCCACUCGCACACUGUAUCAUUGCUCAUUGUUUACCAUGUUAAUUGUGGACAUCAUGCCUAUUUCCAAACAUGAAAAGCGCACCAUGUUUUAUCUUUUCUUUUAGUGUUUUUGUCCUUGUUUUUUGUAAGAUACAUUUUACAAUCCCUGGUGGAUAUUUAUUAUUGCUCUACGAGAUUUUUUUCUAUGUUAGAAAAAAGCAAAUGUUGCACACUGAAAACACAAAUGAACGAUGUCGGUCGGCGCUGUUUUCUUUUUUUUUAAACAAAGGGUGGAUGGUGGCAGUUGUGUAAUAUAAGUAAACGCAUAUAUAUUAUAUCGAGAAGCGCUAUAUUAUGUACGCAAUUGUGACUUGUGGCGUUUCUAUAGUUAUACUAACCAGAAACAGGCAGUGAGGAAGUCUUUACGCAAAAGUGAGAGCCAGCAUGCUUUGGUGGACGGAAAACAGAGCGAAGCUUGUGGCGGCGGAAGAACUGGUUACGGCUAGCUUCAGAAUUGUGAACAUGUACCGCAGGAUCUUCCAGAUGUAGUGUUUUUGCAGCAUACCUAUAUGCGUUUCUGCUUAUUAUUCGUAGCUAGGGUCUCAAAGUUUCCAGACUUUUAUUUUCAUUUUAUUCUCCUUAAUGUCUGUUAUUGAGAGCUGCAGGAUUAUACACCCCUGUCACAUAAAUCAUUGAAACCAACUGCCAUUGAGCGUGCUGCCAAGCAUGCAACGUUUGUCAAUCUGCCGGGGAGCAUUGGAUCCGGUGCCCCUCGAGAAGUUGACACGUGGCGUGCUUGGUGGCGCCACGCGCAUAUUCGAUGGCCGUUGACUUCAAUUAUCAUUGAAGACUGCUUGUGCGACAGGGGUAUCAGACACAGCAAACGACCUCGAUGUGUUCACUGCAGGAUCUCGUUCGUAUUAGGCGUAGUGGUGGCUGUCAGGAGAAACCAUUCAUUGUAGCAGGGAUAGCCGCAAACAUUGACUUUUUGUGUCGUACCGUACGGCAUUAUACUCUGUCGAGGAGUUGACUGUGAUGAAGAAGUGCUACUUGUCGCUCGCGCGCGAGGAUAACGGGAAAAUAAACUUUGUGCCUUUAUAGAUGAAAGCCGUGCAUAUACUUUUAGCUGACGUGGCUGACGGUGCUGAAGACAAAAAAAAAAUUUUUUUUUUGGAGUAGGAACAUUUCUUCGUGAAAUGCGCUCUGCCGUAGUGACCUUGUUACACUUUUAGCGAAGACACUUCCGUCCAGUACUUGGGAAAACUGCCGCCUUGUAGCCAGCAACAUUGUGCGUCUCAACUGCCACGGUCGAUUUACUAGGUGCAGCUAUAGAGCUAUUUUCUCUGCCAUUUUUAACAGCUGCCAUUGCCAAUCAACCAACUUUGUGUCACCGAGCGUAACGGGGCUUUUUAUCAUUAAUAUCGUUGUAAACGUUUGUCUCCGCAAGCGUGUCCGUUGAAGACAUCAGUUUACGCGCAGUUUAAAAAUUUUAUUUCCCGAAGACAAUCUCAUGUUCACAGUUCUGAGGCUAGCGGAGGUUAGAGGAGGUUUUCGGUCUAAAGGUGCAUUGCAAGACAGGACUGGUGUUGUUUACCGUUGCUUCUUUCACUUCCUUUUUUUUUUUUCCUUUCUUUCACUUGGCUCUUCCCCUCAUGAUUCCAAGAUACAGCAGUUGUGUCCUGCAUUAUUUGUCUUUUCCGCAGAGGUUCUAAAACAGGUGAUUGGGUGGUGGAAAAAAGUGCAGUACUUCCUACGUGAAGUAAUAAUAAUUAUGAAAUUCGAAUGACAUGCUACAAAGAUAAUCGAAAUGUUUCCUAUCUAAACAUUAAUAGUGCUGGAACAACUCCGCUGAUGUAAUAAAAAAUUUUUUUGUUGCUUGUCUAUCCCAACCAUCGAAUGCAACGUCCUGUCACGUUAUAAUUGCCAUUUCGUACAAAAAAAAAAGAAAAGAAAAAGGAACAGUAGCUCCCUCCGUCACCGUUUCAUUUCGAUGCAAUACAGAAGCAAGAGAAUAUCACGUCAACCGAUCAAACUUUAUUUUUGUGAGAGACGACGACGAGGCAAUUACUUUGCUGGUCCUAUUUCGAAGGGCCCCUAUUUUUCGAGAGAGAGAGAGAGAGAAAUAUCUUUACACAAGAAAAAAAAAAAACAAGUUGCUGUGGUCCUCAUUGUUUCCAGAACUACGGAGUUACCCCCCCCCCUUUUUUCCCGAAUCUUGUUGUGAAUGUCAGUUGUUCCCCCCCCCCACCCCCCGUCUCCCCCCCCCCGAGGUUGCCUUUACUAUUUAUUACCCCCAUUUUCUCUGCCUGUGUUUCCGACCGCUUCUCGAAUGAAGCGAUUAUUGUUGAGGAACGUUUAGUGUGCUGCAUAAAGAAGAAAAAUGAAAGGGGAGUCCUGUGACAGCUUUUCUGUUUCAUCAAACGGAGCUAUAUUUAAACUUGUGAGCCAUUUUUUGCUGCCUGUACUGUGCAUGCCGUGCAGAGUUGUUGGUUAUUUUUGCAUAAUUGCACUGCAUACGAGAGGAAAAAAAAAUUACUAUUAUCAUGGCAUUACUAACAGUGUUGUAAAUAGACCGUGAUGUUUGUAUACUUAGGCAGUGAGAAGACAGAACAACAUCCGGCUAAGUUAUGUUUGUUGGAAAUGUGCAAAUUUCUGUUCUUUGUCCUCAAGUGAUAUCACAGUGCGUCGAAGACAUGUACACAGGUGUGUGAAAGGAAAUCGAAGAGUAGGGCUGUUGUACGCUGAGUACUUUUUUUUUUCUCUGUACAGAUUGUAUCUUGCAGUGUUCUAUAUUUUUAAAAUUAAAGACCUUGGCCCGAUUUACCAUUAUGA